GCUCACUUUGCUUUAGGCACAGCGGCUACAGUGCAAAAACCCGGAGCACAGUAGAGCAAGCUUUACAAAUGCAGUCAGCAGUGCUGUAAAAAUAAGAGGUCUUACGCUGUCUUGUGUCGGAUCAACGCUAACCUCUAUAAACUCAAAAUGGGUUAGAGGGAGGAUGCCUGGAUUAUGUUCUUGCUCCAAUUCGCAAGGAUGGGGAAUUGGAAUUUUUGUUUUUGCGGCGAUACAUUAACAAAGAAGAAAGAAGAUAGAGGCGUGCAUUGAUUUAUUUUCUUUCUUUAUUUCCUUUUUCUGUUUUUUUUUUGUCAUCUUUUUUUAAAGAAAUGAUUGCAGAGUUGGUGUGCAGCGCUGUGGCUGUGGUCCUGUAUUUGAACACCCUCAGCGCUGAUUUCUGUUACGAUGACAGCCGUGCUAUCAAAACCAAUCAGGACCUUCUUCCGGAAACUCCCUGGACCCACAUCUUCUAUGACGACUUCUGGGGAACUUUGCUCACUCACAGUGGCAGCCACAAGUCCUACCGUCCACUCUGCACUCUCUCUUUCCGCCUUAACCAUGCUUUAGGGGGGCUGGACCCGUGGGGUUACCACCUGGUCAACAUCAUCCUGCACUGUGCUGUCACAGGCCUCUUCACCACCUUCUCCCGUCUGUUGCUCGGCGGCGGCUACUGGACAUUGAUAGCAGGCCUGCUCUUCGCAUCUCACCCCGUGCACACAGAAGCUGUGGCAGGGAUUGUGGGUAGGGCAGAUGUGGGUGCUGCUCUGUUUUUCCUUCUCUCUCUGCUCUGCUAUAUGCGCCACUGUUCCCUAAGGAGACACUCUGGCUGCUGCUGGCGCUGGCUGCUGGGCAGCCUUGUGUGUGCAGCCUGCAGCAUGCUGUGGAAAGAACAGGGGGUGAUGGUCUUGGCAGUGUCAGCGGUUUAUGACGUCUUUGUCUUUCACCGACUCAAAUUGCAUCAGGUCAUUUCUCUUAUAUACAAGAAAAAGAAUACCUCUCUCUUUCUGAGUGUGAGUUUGCUUGCCACCUGGGGUGCCACCUUACUAGCGGCCCGCUUCUACUGGAUGGGGAACAAGCCACCCAGCUUCUCAAAUUCUGACAACCCAGCAGCUGACUCAGACAGCCCUUGGACACGGACUCUGACCUUCUUUUACCUACCUGCCGCCAAUGUAUGGCUGUUCCUGUGCCCGGAUACCCUUAGCUUUGAUUGGUCCAUGGAUGCCCUGCCUUUGCUCAGGACCCUUGGUGACUGGAGGAACCUUCACACUGUUGCCUUUUACAUUGGAUUACUGCUCUUAGCUUGGUUCGGUCUCCGGAAUCAAACAAAGGUUAAGGAGACCAAUGGUAAAGCAUACGUGAUGAAUGGGAAGCCUAAUACAAAUGGACAUAGUUGUCAUUCAGAAGCAGAGCACUCAAAUGAGGAGUUUAGUCCCACAAAAAGCGCUGAGAAUGGCAUAAAAAACCACUACAUCCCAAGGACAUCACUGCCCAGCACAGAAAACAUAGUGGUGUUCUCUUUAGGGCUGUUGUCUUUGCCCUUUCUGCCUGCCACUAAUCUUUUUUUCUACGUGGGCUUUGUAAUAGCAGAGCGUGUACUCUAUAUACCAAGCAUGGGCUUUUGUCUGUUGGUAACUGUGGGAAUGAGGACCCUUUAUGUCAGAUUAAGGAGAAAAUUCCUGAGGAGUCUUUUGUUAUAUUGUAGUGCCAUUUUGAUCAUUCUAUAUGGGAUUAAGACUGUGCUGAGGAACCAGGACUGGCAGAACGAGGAGAUGUUAUAUAAGUCAGGGAUAAAUGUGAACCCAGCAAAAGCAUGGGGUAACCUUGGGAAUGUCCUCAAGAACCAGGGCAAGAUGGCAGAGGCUGAAAAGGCCUAUAGAAACGCCUUGUACUACCGCAGAAACAUGGCUGAUAUGCUGUAUAAUCUAGGUUUGCUGCUACAAGAAAACAACAAGUUCUCUGAAGCACUAUACUACUAUAAGAUGGCAAUUAGUAGCAGGCCUACAUUAGCAUCUGCAUACUUGAAUACAGGGAUCAUCUUGAUGAACCAGGGAAAGCUGGAUGAAGCCAAGCGGACGUUCUUGACUUGUGCGGAUAUUCCUGAUGAAAACCUGAAAGAUCCUCAUGCACAUAAAAGCUCAGUGACCAGCUGUCUCUACAACCUCGGGAAACUCCUGCAUGAGCAAGGACAGCAGGAGGAAGCUCUUUCAGUGUAUAAAGAAGCAAUACAAAAAAUGCCAAGACAGUUUGCACCUCAGAGCCUGUACAACAUGAUAGGAGAGGCCUACAUGAGACUGAACAAACUGACGGAAGCUGAGCACUGGUACCGGGAGUCUUUGCGAGCCAAGCCUGAUCACAUUCCUGCUCAUCUCACAUAUGGGAAACUGCUGGCUCUUACAGGACAGAAGCUUGAGGCAGAGAGGUACUUUUUGAAGGCAAUUCAGCUAGAUCCCACAAAAGGAAAUUGCUAUAUGCAUUAUGGUCAGUUUUUGUUGGAAGAAUCCCGCUUGCUUGAAGCAGCUGAAAUGGCAGAGAAGGCUGCACAGCUUGACAGCACCGAGUUUGAUGUGGUCUUUAACGCAGCCCAUAUGCUCAGACAAGCUAGUCUCAAUGAAGCAGCUGAGAAGUAUUAUCGACUAGCGGCAGGCCUGAGACCCAAUUACCCAGCUGCCUUGAUGAACCUUGGGGCGAUACUCCAUCUCAAUGGAAAGCUACAGGAGGCAGAAGCCAAUUACCUCCGGGCUCUUCAACUCAAACCCGAUGACAUCAUUACACAGUCCAACCUUCGGAAACUGUGGAAUAUAAUGGAGAAACAAGGCCUGAAAACUUUGGGCACAUGAUAUUUGUACCUGAACAUGAACCACAGGGAAACUAGUGAAGAAUGAAACACAUGCACAAAUAAAACUGUCAUCUACAUCAGUGAAUUAAAUCUGGUAUUUGAACCAUACAAGGUGUCAAAAUGUUGCUCAAAAUGAGUGUCUUCAAGACAUGCUAUAACUGUGGGGGGCCUUAAAAAGGUUUUUAGAACUGUCAAAAACUAGCAAGAAGCCCUCUCUGAGUUUAACCUCAGCACUUAACUUGAAGGGGGACAUAGCUGCAUACUUGAAGUCUUGUGGUGAAGUUGAUAUUAAUUAGUAAUUGAUGCUUAGCUCUCUUGAGGCAUUAUUUGUCCUGAGGCCAUGUAAGUUGGUAAAACAAUGAGCUCAAAUUAAAACCCAGGAGUGCAAUGGUGAAAUUUAGGUCUGUUUGUAAUUUCCUAGAAUUCUAGCUAAUCUGAAAAGCUAUAGUUUCAUAAAUACAACUAAGUACUUGUUGGCCUGGUGCUGUUUUCAAAGAAACAUAGCCAGUGGUCAAAACAUCCUGUCUUUUGUAAGGUAACCUUGAGAACUAGUUGAACUGUAUGCCACCAAAUACCAAGCCCAUUAGAUUUCUGCUAAAACCCUAUUGGAGAUUGCUGCAUUCGCUUUUUAAAGCACCUUUAUUUAAUGGUAACUAAUGGACAAAAAAUAAAGUUGAACAAAGUUUGAAAUUGAAAAUUCCAAAGCUUUAAUAAAAACUAAAUAAAAUAAUAAAAAAAUGUUAAGAUCCACUUCCAGUGCUGUUCAGCAUUUUUUUUAAUGAGGCACAUUCAUCUGUAGCACCCCUUUCAUUAAAAAUAAUUUAAAUUGCUAUUAUAGUCUUAUAUUAAUUGGGGCUUCUGUUACUAAAACAUUUUAUGUUAUUGGAAAUCUGCUCUUUCAAGGGUUUUGAUAAUACUUUUGAAUUGAGAUUUGACAAUGCUAUAGAAUACUGAUUUUUUUUAGAUAAUUUUCUAAAGAUUUACACAUCCCACAGUAUUUUCUAAUGAUUGUAUGUCUUAAAGUUUAGAAGGAAUGAUUCCAUUCUUUAGAGCGUUUUACCUCAUUGUCUAGUUAAUUGAAUAUUUAAUUGAAAUAUAUUUAAUACCAAAAUAAUUCUAAGAAUACACUUGCCAUUAAACAAUUUUCUGUUCCUUCACAUUAUCAUGUAUUCCACAGAUAAUGGAUUUCAGUUCUAAAUGUAAUGGUUUAAAGCAAGCAAGCUUGUGCUGUACAAUGUUGUUGGAAUUAGAACAUAUCACUCAUUUAUGCUGUUUAUGCAAGUAACAAGGGAAGUGAUCAGUUGCCUUUCAAAAUACACUGGGAAAGUGUUGACAGCAAUGCAAAUUUCCUUUGCUUAUUGGAUAAACACAGAUUUUUGUAAUGUACCAGAAGCCCUAAUUAUAAUAAAUAAUAACAGUCUAAAUGAGUAUCUGAUUAUUUUUAAAUAAAUGGCUGUUAAUUUGAAUGCCUUCAACAUAGAAAAUUUGUUUCUCUGCAAAGAACCAUCAGGGUUAAUGCUAUUAAACUCAAUAGUUUGAUUUUUGUUAAAUUUGUAACAGCAAAUUCUGGCAAAGUAUCAUUGUGGAUGAAAUGUCACAAAUAAAUGAACAAAAGUUAAAUAAAAUUUAAAUUUAAAGGGCUACUGACCAUUGUAUCAUAAAUAUUUUAAGUAUUAACACCAAUCACUCAUCAGAUUUACAAAAUCCUGAAGUGUUCCUUUUUUUAUCGUAUUCCAGACAGCAUUAUUAAUAAUUAAAAAAAAAUAAAAUCUGUGACAUAUUAAGAGUUCAAAAUGCUUCAGCUUCUGAUGUCUUUUCAAGACGUGAUUUUCAAUGUCUUAAAAAGACGUUUUACCAAAAUACAACGUCCACCAAAAUAACCCUCUGUCUCACUACAUGUAAUAGAAUUUGCUAGUAAUUGUCAGAAAAUAGUAAUUAUAACUGUAAUAAAUAUAUUCCACAAACUGACUUGAGCAAACAAAAUGAUUAUCUCCAGAUGUCAAGCAUUUUUAUUUUUGUAAUUAUUUAGCAAACAAACAACAUUGAAAAAUAAUAAUACAAAAAAUGAAAUGGAAUGC